GCUGAUUCAAGGAUUCAUACGUGUAAUGACACAUGUGCACAAUCGGAUGAAUGCAUGGUUACGCACAGAACACCCACACCAAGCAUCAUUCAGCUGCUUACGGCAGUAGUCUCGGCAGAGGUGAGAUCAGGUGCCUUUUUCCCCCUGUUCAGUGCGCCAGUCUGUCUGUCUACCACACCUUGCCGUUCUUCUCAACCUUGAGGCCGGCGUCCUGUAGACAGACAGACAGACAGACAGACAGGCACCAACACAACCGCAUGGACGGCGUGUGUCUCACUCACGACGUGAUCUGAUCGCUCACAUCGAAUAUCUUGCAGAACGUGUCAAAGUCGAUCUCGUCGGCGUCACCCGCAUACAACUUCAACAUCACCUGCACACACACACACACAGAGGGAGAGAGGUCCGUGCAAUGCAAGCCCUCUCUCUGUCUUCUACCUCCUCACUCACAGCCCACCUCUAUCUCCUUGUCAGCGAUGUCUAUGUUGCACGUCUGGAAGGCCCUCUUGAGACACUCGGCAGUGAUGCGGCCAUGACACACGUCACCCUCACCAUCGUCCACACCCGGAUCAGGACCACCAGCAGCACUUGCAGCAGCAGCAGCAGCAGCUGCUGCUGCUGCGGACGAGGAGGAAGACGCUUCGGUGGCAGGGGGGACGAGCAGAGAGCGGGGAUCCACCGCAUCCUCACCUGUAGUCAGUAUGUGUGUCGGGGAGGGACAGUGGUGCGUCACGGUUGCAUAUGUGCUUCGUGCUUGCUAACCUUUGACAAAGGCAUUCCACAGGUAGCGCUUGGCUCGAUUCACGGCCUCCGCCAUCACACGUUGCUGCACACCACACCACACGACACAGCAGCAGAUCCACUCAGCACAAAGUGUCCCAUCCACGAGCGUGCCCCAGCUCACCUCCUCUGCUUUCACGAUGUUGCCUCCCCGUUUCCUCCCGCCCCCCCUCUUGGGUGCCCCUGCAGCCACCCGGCCCUGUCCGCUGGCCUUCGCCCUACCCCUGGCCCGACCUCCACCCCUCCCCCUCGCACCAUCGCCCAGUGAGCGGGCCGUCGCGCCGAUCGGGACCGUCGGAGGGCCGGUGACCUCUUCAAAUACAUCAUCCUGGUCGGCUCCAUGGCCGUCCUCCUGAUGCGCCUCAUCCACUGACAUGUCCGCUGGCCCUCCGCUCCUCUGAUGACCCUCCUGCUGCUGCUGCUGCUGCUGCUCUUGGCGCGCGGCGGUCCGCGGCCCCUUGACGGGCUUCUCAGGGCCGGAGCUCUCCCUCUGAGAGUCGGUCAUGCGAUUGGACGGCUUCCUGCGCGCCUGCCGCUUGCGCUUGCGGGGCUGAGGAGUCUCUGAUUCACUGCUGCUCCUGUCGCUACUGCUGCUGUCAUCGUCUUCCUGGCCGUCAUCGUCGUUGCCGCUGCUCCGGUCGGCAUCGUUGGCAGUGCUCUGUGCAGGGGGCGCGGCGGCAGGGGCUGGCGGCGGGUGUGAGGGUGGAGAUGGUGCAGCAGCAGCAGCAGCAGCUGCUGCUGCUGCGGAUGAUGACGGCUGCUGCUGCUCGUCGGUGUCGUCGGGCUGGUGCUGGCUGGGUUGCAUUUCGGAGAGUGACAUGGCCAUGGCGAGCUGGAGGUCGUUCUGCAGUCAAGAACAGACACAAGGCACGUCAACAUACGCAGUUGAGUGUGUGUGUGUGUGUGUGUCACCUCUUCAUCGUCAUCGUCCUCUUCGUCGUCUUGCUCUGAAAAUGCGCAUACGCAAUCAAUCAACCAACCACCCAUCAGCUCGCCACGCGCACUUGCCCAUCCAUCCAUCCACUCAUCCAAUGACUCACCUGGUCCCCUCUGCCUCCUUGCCCGCGGCUUGGGCUUGGCCCUCUUCCGCCCCCCGCCACCCCGCCCUCUCUCCCUCUCCCCACUGUCAUCCUCACCACCACCACCACCACCACCACCACCGUCGCCAUUCUCCCCUUGGCCAUCCUCGUCGACGUCCACAGGCAUGGCGGCAGCUGCUGCUGGUGCUGGUGCUGGUGCUGCGGCAGGUGCGCUCUGCUCCUCACCUGCAGCCGCUGCAGCAGCAGCUGCUGCUGCUGAGGAGCUCUGGGGCUGACUCUCCCCGUUCCCAUCAGCAUUGGCGUCGUCGUCAGGCUCGUUGGCGUGCAUCUCGGACAGAGAGAGAGCCUUAGCGAGCUGAAGCAUCUGCAUGACAUGAUGAGAGGAGAGAAAUCGCAAAACAAGUGAGUGAUCAGAACAAAACAAACGUCGGCCGUGGAUCACCCGUGGAUCAUCUGCUGUCCUCUCUCUCUCACCUCGUCCUCAUCCAUCUCGGCAUAGUCAGCCACCCGGCCUGCGGACACACACACAAGACAAAACACACCGUAUGUACGACAAUCAUUCAACCAACAGCCAUCGCGCUUCAUGCUCAUUCAGUGUGCAGUCAUCUCGGUUGAGCUCACUCACGUCGUGCAGGCCUCCCAGCUCCCCUCCUGGCCCGUUGAUGCUUCCGUCGACUCGUCACAGACUUCUCGCCCUCAUCAUCGCCAUCGGCGGCGUCCUCGCUCUUCCUCUUGCGUUGUCGAUGCCUCUGUUGCUGCUGCUGCUUCCUGGUGGCCCGCCUGGGCGGCGGACUCUGGUGGUCCUCUGACGAUGCAGAUGAGCCCUCACCUUCAUCAUCGUCGUCCUCCUCGCCAAGGCCGAGUGGCACGUCGCCAUCAUCGCCUGGGUCACCACUGUCCAUGGUCUAUCACCAUAUGCCGCAUGCACAUGCGGGGGGCUUGG